GCCGCUCCGGGCAGCAUGGAGGAGGCGGCGGGCGAGAGCAAGGCGGGCGACGGCCCCAACGGCCACGCGGAGGGCCCGGCGGCGGCGGCGGCGGCGGGGGAGCGGGGCGGGCGGCUGUGGGGCUUCCUGCGCCGCAACGCGCUGGUGCUGCUGACGGUGUCGGGGGUGGUGGCCGGCGUGGGUCUAGGCGCAGCGGUGCGGCGGGCGGCGCUGAGCCCCGCGCAGGUGUCGUACCUGGCGUUCCCUGGGGAGAUGCUGCUGCGGAUGCUGCGCAUGGUGAUCCUGCCGCUGGUGGUGUGCAGUCUGGUGUCCGGCGCCGCUAGCCUGGACACGCGCUCGCUCGGCCGCCUCGGCGGCAUCGCCGUCGCCUAUUUCCUCGGCACCACACUGAUCGCCUCCGGCCUCGCCGUCGCCCUCGGCUUCAUCGUCCGCCCCGGCGCCGGCGCCUCCGCUCUCAACACCCCCGGGCUGGGGCUGCCGGGCGUCGUGCCCCCCACCAAGGAGACGGUAGACUCCUUCCUCGACCUCGUCAGAAACCUGUUUCCUGCAAAUCUUGUUGCUGCAGCUUUCCGAACGUAUGCGACAGGCUAUACGACGCUGGUCAGAAACACUACCUCCGGAAAUGUCACGCUGGAAAAGAUCCCUAUAGGUACUGAGAUUGAAGGGAUGAAUAUCUUGGGACUGGUGCUGUUCGCCCUGGUUUUAGGAGUGGCACUGAAAAAGCUUGGCCCAGAAGGAGAAGAUCUGAUUCGCUUCUUUAAUUCAUUCAAUGAGGCAACUAUGGUUUUGGUUUCCUGGAUUAUGUGGUAUGUACCUAUUGGCAUUAUGUUCCUCGUUGGGAGCAAGAUUGUGGAAAUGGAAGAUAUUGUACUUCUGGUGACCAGUUUGGGAAAAUACAUCUUUGCCUCUAUUCUGGGCCACUUCAUCCAUGGAGGAAUCAUUCUACCGCUUAUUUAUUUUGCAUCCACACGUCAAAAUCCAUAUCGUUUUCUCUUAGGACUCAUCACACCACUUGCCACUGCUUUUGCCACUUCCUCCAGUUCAGCCACUCUCCCAUCAAUGAUCAAAUGUAUUGAGGAGAACAAUGGAGUCAACAAGAGGAUCAGCAGGUUUAUCCUUCCUAUCGGGGCAACUGUAAACAUGGAUGGAGCUGCUAUUUUUCAGUGCAUGGCAGCUGUGUUUAUUGCUCAGCUGAACAAUGUCGACCUCGAUGCUGGGCAAAUCUUCACAAUUCUUGUGACAGCUACUGCAUCCAGCGUGGGUGCCGCCGGUGUCCCAGCUGGAGGAGUCCUCACCAUCGCUAUCAUUUUGGAGGCCAUUGGACUUCCGACCAACGAUCUCUCCUUGAUAUUAGCAGUGGACUGGAUUGUGGACCGAACCACCACAGUUGUGAAUGUGGAAGGGGAUGCCCUAGGAGCGGGCAUCCUUAAUUAUCUGAAUGAAAAAGAAAAGAGAGACAAAGAGCAGGAGCUAAAGGAAGUCAACGUAGAAGCAGUUGCUAACAGCAAGGCUGAAGGGGAAACAUCGCCUUUGGUAACCCACAAAAAACAAGUCUCCAACACAACCAGUACAGCAGACCCUGAAUCCAAGGAAUCGGUGUUGUGAACUAGAGGCCUUUAAACAACAUGCGUCCUAGAGGUGGACUGAGGACUCAUUAACACGCCUAGACACUUGCAGUGGUUUCGAGGGCUGAAUGGCUCUUGAAAGUUUUCAGUUCCAGUCUGUUUUGAAUUAUUCUGGCCUGGGGAAGGGGAGGGAGGUGGGGUGGGCAGAGAAACAGUGUUGAGAAAGAACACACGUUUUAUAAUAGUAUUUUAAUAAUUCAUGUGUAUACAUGUAUGUGUGUUGCAUACACACAUCCAUGUAUGUGAAAACAGUGCCAUUGAGACUUCUGGUUUUACAAGGCUUCUGUUAGUAAAGGCUCAUAUGGCUUGGAGAUGGGGAAGCAGCCAAACCCGGUAUGUCCUUAUUGUAGGGAAAAAUUAGUAAGCUUGUGCUGCUGUUUGAAUGGAGAUACAGCCCAGAAACUGGAGUGGUAAAAUGUUGCUUAAAUUAGUUUCUGGCCUGGAAGCACUUAACAACCAUUACACAUAUGAUAUGAAGCAACAUUUUUCUCCCACUCCCCUUCCUCUCCUGCUCUCUGAACCCUUAAAAACAUGAAAUAUAUCCUGACAACUAGCCCUUUCUCCCUUUCCCCCUUUUCCUCUUCCCCCUUUCUCCCUGAUUUUUUUGUUUCAUAUCUGAAUUAAUAGCUUAUAGGGGUCCGACUCCUGUUCCAUUCUCCUGCUGUAUUGCAGCUCAUUGAAGCUUUCAUGCCUUUGAUGAGUAACUCCCAAACUUUGGGACCAAACAUAGGAGAUCUUCAUGCAGAUCAAGGACUGUUUUUCUCCUUUUCUCUAACCAAACUGUUAAAGGAAAAAAUCCAGAGAAAACACAAGUUUUGUCAAAAUAAUCCCUCUGUGGCUGAAAAAAGUGUAGAGUCUGUUCCAGCAUAAAUAUGUCUGAAAGAGGUCUGCCUCUGAUGACAUUAAGAAGUCAGUUCCCUUCAUGAAAACACGCAUGCUCCUUUGCUAGCGUGCCAUGUCCUGCUCAUAUUUAUUUACUGGGUCAGUCCAAAGGAGUUACAUCAUAUCCCUCUUCCAGCAAAAUUGAACAGGAGGGGGAAAAAUAACACGCAUCAUGCGGGAACGAUGACAGGCAAGUCUGAGUGUUGGCUUGAAAGGGGAAGAGGUGAGUUUAUAACCCUGUGUAGUUCUGUGAUCUCUGUGUCCUGGGACAGCUGCAUAUCUGUUCCUGCCUGGAGUCCUGUUAUAAAUGUCCUGCCAGCAGCAGCUUACAUUUAGUAAUUCUGGGUGGUGCUGUGCCUGGUUAGUGAUUAGUGGCAUAUGGUAACGUUUGCUUGAGGCUGAGCCAAACGCUUCUUGAUUCUGACUCCAACUUUUUUCCUUUACAAUUUACUUCCUGAAUUUGCACUGCAAACCUGAACAAAGUCUGGCAAAUUCAUUGCAAAGAUUCUGUUGAUGUAUGUUGGCUUUUCAGAUAGGAAAUAGUUACAAAAUUAUGGCUGUGCAUAUGCCAAGAUUUGCCUGAGCUUGUGACUUUUUCCCUUGGCUACUUUAGCAAGAUGAUUGCAUAUGGUUGGUCUCCACACUGUUAAUUCACCAAUAGAUAUUUACAUUUAACUUUGAUAUAAAGUAAUGUUAAGUCUCUCUUUUCCUCUCUCCUCUUUUCAGAGGAAGCUACCUUGUAAAGAUAUCCCGUUGCUGAUGGUUAUAUUCACGCACUAGGAAGAGGCCACUCCAAUUUAUAGCAGCAGCAGCAGCCUUCAUUUGCAAAGCAUCCUUCCUAGUAAAUGGUCACAAUUAAUGUUUUAAAAAGCUCAGAAUGAGAUGUGGCUACCUCUGAGGAAAAACACAACGAGUGCGUCAUUGCUGGCUGUUUAAUUGUGUGCAGCAGGGCUAUGCAAACAAUUGAAGUAGGAAAGGAUUAGUCAGCCCACUGAGAAACUGCAGGUAGAGUUUCUUUUUAACCAGUUUGUUUAUAACUAUGUCCACAAAAUUUGGUCAUUCCUUGGCUCAUUUUCAAAAUGGAAGGAGACAAACACAAUUCACUAGGGAAAACCUGUGCCAAAUAUUUAUUAUUUCAUUUUUAGCAGAUCAAGACCCACUGAAACUUUGCAUUUCCUCCCAUUAGAAUCAUCCCAACUCCUUUCAACUCAGUGAACAAAAAGUAUACUUUGUAGUAGACAAUGGAAGUCAAGAAAUAAGAGGUGUUUUGAAAAAUGUUGGAGGUUUGAAAAAACAGUUCUCAACCCUUUUUCUUUUUUUUAAACAAGUCUGAGUAGUUCUUUGGGAAACCUGAAUGCACCAGAACCCCAAGUACUUUGAUUUUAAAGCAGUAUAUGGAUGUUUAAAGGAAGUGGAAAACCGUAACUGUUCCCUAUGGGCAAGGUGCUGUAGUUGCAUUUUAUCCCCCAUCAGACAUUUAGCUCCUCUCUUGCUUUCCCUCAACAUGACACAUGCAGCUGGGAUCAGGAAAUGAGAGUGGGCAGCACUCAAAUGUCAAUUCCCACAAAGCAUUACAGCACCAUCACAUUUCUCGAAUUUUAUUUUUUUCACUCCAAAGCUGUAGUUGCUCACAGGUAAAAGUGUUCUCCUGGCCAAGCCCUGAGGCUGGGCUUCCUCAUAGGCAGCAUCUUGCUAUUGCUAUACUGACCUUUCUUCCCUGUGGUGCUGUAGCUUGAUUGCACCUGGUCCUUGCAGCAGCGUGCCAUAGGCUGUGGCACAUUCUCUCUGAGAGUAGAUCGCAGGAAAAGGUAAAUUAAAUUCAGUACCUCAGAGUCUUAUUAUUUUCCAACAGUGAUGCACAAGCUCCAAGUCUUUGUUGAAGAAGUCCUCUCCCAGUUCCCACAUGGCUUCACAUGUUUUGCAUCAAUCUGAAUGCCUAGGCCUGUGUGAAGCUUGUUAGAGCAGUCAGACUUAAGGAGGUCAAAUCAUCCCCUAACACUCCCUCUCCUGGAAGCAGGUACCAUAGGGUUUAUAUGAACCCUGACUGUUUGGGUCUUAACCUGCCAGAAAUCUGUAACCUUACAGAAGCCCUACUUCAGACUUACAAAGGUGCCAGUUCUCUUGUGGUUCGUGCAGCUCAAGAGGAAUCCCAGAGUUUUCCAUGGAAGCAGGACUGCUAGGUAACUACUGCUUUUCAGAACAUCUCGGUCUUCUCUGUAUCAUCUGUGUCAGAAAUUACCUUUCUUAUUUUUGUAUGAUGUUCCCAUUCCUCAUGAUGGUCAUGCUGCAUCUUCUAGGGCUCUCCACCUGUUUUCAGAAUUUUUUCUUAAGGUACAAACGUAAAAUAUCCAAUUCUCUCAGACUGUAAAAAAAUUGGCACAUUCCAAUAACUGCCCUAUAACACUGUGAAUCGUGAUCAAAAGCCUGAUCCUAGGAUCAUAGAAUCAUGGAAUUAUAGAAUAGUUUGGGUUGGAAGGGACCUCAAAGAUCACCCGGUUCCAGCCCCCAUGCCAUGGGCAGCAACACCUCCCACUAGAUCAGGCUGCCCAAGGCCCAUCCAACCUGGCCUUGAACACCUCCAGGGAUGGGGCAGCCAUGGCUUCCCUUGGGAUGGAGGGGUUAGGGUUGUACUCAAAGAAUAGAAGUAGACUUGCCAUUUGGUUCAAGUGGUCUAGGACUUCAGGUAAGGCCACUUGGAGAAAAAUAAAAGGACUCUUGAAGGAUAUGCAUUUUAAAUGCUGUCUUUGACCUGCAGUGCAGACUGUUACACUGGGAGCUUCCUGUUUCCAGUCCCCAUGCAGCCUCACUCCAAGAGGCUAUGAGCUGAGAGGGAGCUUAGCAGCAGCGUGGGUGCCACUGGUACUACUGGCUCUCUCUCACCCAGGCACUGCACACAUCUUGUGGUGGUGUGAUACUUGACUCCAAUGUCUCUUGAACAGACAUAUGUUUAUGUUCUCCCAACAUGACUGUAAAUUGGAAACCUUUAGUCACUUGCUUUUUCUUUCAAGAGGAAAUAAAUUCCACCUCAAAACCACUAUUUUUCUUUUUGGUUUAGUCUUUCUUUUUUUAAGGUACAAAUUCUAUCUUCAGGAAGGCAGGAUACAAACAGCUCAUGUCCUACUCUAUUACAAUUGCUUUUUGAGAGGAAGAUAUGGGAAUACAUGAGAGUCUGCAAGUCUUUGACAUAGGCAAUCCCAUUUUGUCUCCGAUGCCAUUUAUUCUUCCUCUUUUACCUUCUGUUUUUCAGUGAAGUUUCUUUGACUGUUUUGGACCAUCUUUUAUUUCUUUUCCAGGACAGGCUUUCCACUCCAUGCUUUAUCCAUCGCUUCCUGGUUUCAUCUCAUUUUGUGGAAUGCCCUGUGCUGUUUUUAUGUAUCGGUGGCUCAGGUAUAAAUGGGAGAGGGGACAAAGUUUUGAGGGCUCCAGCUGGUGCUUGGGAAAGUAGUUUGCAUUCAGCCUUAACUCACCAGAGGUUUGUGAGACUCUAGUAAUUUAAAGAGCCUCUCUGAGAGUACAGAACAGUAUCUGUCUCUCCUCCUGAGAAAGAUGCUUGUUCUGUUUUGUGAGAUAUGGCUAUGGAUGCCUGAAAAGCUGUAGUGAGCAAUAGAAGGUGCCAGCACUUGGCUGCUAUUAGGACAUUUUCAGUAAAGACACUUUAUUCCCAGGAAUAGAGCUUUAGCUGAGUCUCGGCUGGUGUGGUGGUGAUUGCUCUACAAGAUUCAGGAAUUGCAAAGGGCUCUACACCCUUCUUGGGGUGUCUCUUGCAAUCAGGAUGGCUUUUGUGUUAAGAACAGUCUAGGGACAAGCUGAGGACUUCCUCUGCGGGGGUGUGACAAACAGAACUGUGUCCUUUGGACAUAACAGAAAUGUGGGGCCAGCCAAAGUACCAAAUCAGCAGUGAAACAGCCUGUGCUUUGUCUUUUCUGGGCAACCCUGUUACUGCCUUGAAGAGGCAAUGCCUAGAGCUGGAGAUGAUGAGAAGUUGGGGGAUACUAUGAGGGGCAGGACAGUUUCAUGUGCUCGCUGUUCAUAUACUCUUCCCUGGGCAUUUGCUGUGACCAGUGCCAGAGAUGGAUAUGACCUGGUAUCAUGAUUCUUAGACUCAUUAUCCUGUGGUUUCUCCGUAUUUUACGGCAGGAAUAAAGAAAACUCACGUAUUUAGGCAGUUCAUCUUUCAAUCAAGUCAAAGUCCCUAGUAUCUUUGUGAGUGACCAUCCUGCUGUAUGUUGUAGUGUAUGUCCUCAAGAACUUGCCAAAGGUACAAACCCACAACCUCUUUCUGUAAAGAUUUGCAGUGUUGGUCACUCAGGUGCUCUGUUAGCACAGCACAUUUUCUGCAGACACUGAAAAGCAUCCUUCUGUUGGAAAUCAUUGUUUUUAAUCCUGACCCUCCCACAGGAAGUGAGCAAUCACCCUCAGAUAGGAAGUCAAAGGACCAAAGGAAAGAUGUCACAUCUUCAUUGA